GGGCCAUGCGAGAGCGUCCUAAUCCAUGAUUUCUAUGGAGCUUCUUCGGCGGUGGAGUCUCGUGUAAGACAUGUGGCGCUUGAGCGGUCGGAUCGGACUCCAUUAACGACGAUCCAUUACCUUGCUUCUUCUUCACCUGGGGUAUCGUAGUCGCGAUUGAUUUCUAUCUGAAAUGGCGAACCAGCAACAGGUUGAUUCAAGGCCGUGGAUUCUCGAUGUCGUGCCUUUUAUCGUUGCUAUUCUAAUUGCCGCACAUGUUCUCGCUCUGGUCUACUGGAUUUACAGAUUAGCGACAGAAAACAGGCCUCAAAGGCGGAAAGCACAUUAAAGAACAGUUUGAUUUACUUAGCGGAAGACAAGAAGGUUAGUAGAACCCUAAUUUCUUGAUUGUUUACGAAGCUCAUAGCUGCAAUGCUAACAGAAAAACGUGUUUGGUGCCAUUUCUAUUACUGGUUACUGUACCUAACAGUUGAGAAUGAUACACAGCAGAUCUUUUCUUCAAUGUCGGUCGAAAUAGGUUGCCUCCUCUGUUUCUUUGAUCUAAUCGAUCGGUCUAGUUAUAGCUGUUUCUGUAACUUUCCGCCAUGCUUCGUAGAGAUGCACUAAACGUUAAUUUCCAAUAGCCAAUGCUAUACAGUAAACUAAUAGUGAAUAGUGUACAUCAGUAGGAGCAAUAUUAGAAACUCAUAACCGUCAAUAUAGAUUGCUGUAUUCAAUGAAUGGUUAUACUUAACUAUUCAAUGUC